GCCGAGAGGAUGUUCUCGUUCUGCGCCGUGCAGCCGCAGGCUACUGUUCCUCUGAGUCACCUUAUCAAUGCCUUUCAUUCACCAAAAAGCUCCACUACUGCUGCCAGCACAGCAUCCAUACAGCCUGUCCAGAGGGACACCUCCCCAGAGCAUGAUCCUCAGAAGAGUGAGUCUGUACUUAAUUUAAGAGAUCUGGGAUUGAAAGCUAACCAGUUCAAAGAGUUGGUGAACAGGUUACUUCCUGGCUACAGUGCAGAAAACAAAGUCUCUUCGCAUUGGCAUACGUCAUAUGUCUCCGCUGAGUCCUUUUUUGAAAACAAGCAUGGUUUUGUGGAUGUUUUCAGUGCUUUACGCUCAUCAUCUUGUUUGUACAGACAACAUCCUAAUCCCCUCCAAAAUUUCUGUUUGGAUGUUCGCUGUUGGCCAGUUUACAUACAAUCACGGAGCUUUAAGACUUUGAGAUCAAGGACAAGACGUCUGCAGUCAACAUCUGAACAACUCACAGAAACAAGAAGUUCACUUUCUUCACUUUUGAAGGGCUUUAUCCUGAGAAAGCGAAGAAUUGAUGUUGAAAACUUAGAUGCACUAAUGAAAACAAAAAACAUCCCAGAGGCACAACAGGAUGCCUUUAAAACUGGUUUUGCAGAAGGCUUUUUGAAAGCACAGGUAUUCCUGCAAAAAACACUCGAUUCCUUAAGAAGAUCACGCUUGCUUUCUUUCUUUCUCUUCGUUCUUUGUUUUUAUCUUGCUAUAUAUUCAUCAUUUUUACCUGGAAAAGGUUCCUUUUCUGAUGCUGUACGCUUUCGGACAUCGAGUAUCUUUGAUGCAGCAGUUGAUCCAAUUCAGCUGAAAAAUGUCACCUUCGAGCAUGUAAAAGGGGUUGAAGAAGCUAAGCAGGAAUUGCAAGAAGUUGUGGAAUUCCUGAAAAAUCCACAUAAAUUUACUGUAUUAGGAGGUAAACUUCCAAAAGGUAUUCUGUUAGUUGGACCACCUGGUACUGGUAAAACGCUUCUUGCACGGGCUGUGGCUGGUGAAGCUGAUGUUCCAUUUUAUUAUGCAUCUGGGUCAGAGUUUGAUGAGAUGUUUGUUGGGGUGGGAGCAAGUCGCAUCCGAAGCCUGUUCAGGGAAGCAAAAGCAAAUGCACCCUGUGUUAUAUUUAUUGAUGAAUUGGACUCUGUUGGUGGGAAGAGAAUUGAAUCUCCAAUGCACCCCUAUUCAAGACAGACCAUUAAUCAACUUCUUGCUGAAAUGGAUGGCUUUAAGCCGAAUGAAGGUGUUGUUAUUAUUGGGGCAACAAACUUCCCUGAAGCAUUGGAUAAUGCUUUAAUACGUCCUGGUCGCUUUGAUAUGCAAGUUACUGUUCCCAAGCCUGAUGUGAGAGGUCGUACGGAAAUUCUCAAGUGGUACCUUAAUAAAAUCAAGUAUGACCCAUCUGUUGAUCCGGAAAUAAUUGCACGAGGCACGGUAGGAUUUUCUGGAGCAGAGCUUGAAAAUCUCGUAAAUCAAGCUGCCUUAAAGGCAGCUGUUGAUGGAAAAGAUAUGGUAACCAUGAAGGAACUGGAAUUCUCCAAGGACAAAAUUCUGAUGGGACCUGAACGUAGAAGUGUAGAAAUUGAUGAGAAGAACAAAACCAUCACUGCUUACCACGAGUCUGGACACGCAAUCAUUGCCUAUUAUACAAAGGAUGCAAUGCCCAUCAACAAGGCCACAAUCAUGACUCGAGGAACAACACUGGGACAC